CGACGUCACGGUGCUGGGCGUAUCCCCGCUGGAGUAGAAGUGAGCAGAUUGCAGGUCAUGCCCAGCCGCAGUUGCUUGUAACGCUUGGGGAAGCUCUGCUGCUAUGUCUCUGUACAGAAACACAGUCUGGUUCCUGAAGGGGCUGCGGGAAUAUACCAAAGGUGGAUACGAAUCUGCAGCCAAACACUUUGUUGCCGAAGAUUUGCAAGUUGAUAUUACUGGGAAAUCCUAUAUGAUCACAGGAGGGAACAGUGGCAUUGGCAAAGCAGCUGCUCUGGCAAUAGCUAAGAAGGGUGGCACUGUUCAUCUAGUGUGCAGAAAUGAAGAACGGGCUGAAGAAGCGAAAAAAGACAUUGUCGCCAACAGCGGGAGUGAGAGUGUUUUGGUACACUUACUGGAUAUGUCUAAUCCAAAACAAAUCUGUGACUUUGCUGAGAAGUUUAAGACUGAACACAAGCUAAAUGUAUUGAUAAAUAAUGCUGGGUGCAUGGUGAACAAACGGGAAGUAACAGACGACGGCAUAGAGAAGAACUUUGCAACAAAUGUGCUGGGUACAUACAUUCUAACAAGAGCUCUGCUGCCUGCCUUGGAAAAGGAAGACGACGCCAGAGUAGUAAUGGUCUCCUCAGGCGGGAUGCUGGUACAGAAGCUAGAUGUGUCAGACCUUCAGUUUGAGAACGGCACGUUUGAUGGGACAAUGGCCUAUGCACAGAACAAGAGACAGCAAGUGAUAUUGACUGAACACUGGGCAAAAUCACACCCCAAAAUCCAUUUUUCGGCAAUGCACCCCGGCUGGGCCGACACACCAGCUGUCAGGUCAUCAAUGCCAGACUUUUAUGAGAAAAUGAAGAACCGCUUACGCACUGAAGAACAAGGAGCGGACACGGUGGUUUGGCUGGCGGUGUCCUCUGCCGCAACAAAGCUCCCAAGUGGCCUCUUCUUCCAAGAUCGGAAACCAGUUUCUACCCACUUACCCCUGGCGAGCACACACUCGUCCCCUGAGGAUGAAGAAACAUUGCUUAAAAUUUUGCAGGACAUGUUCCAAAGGUUUUCCCCAGCAGCCUAAGCUGUCCAGCACUUGUGUGGAGUCAAACUCUUCCCGUGUUACUGGGAGGGCAUCUGGCAUUUAAUGUUGUCAAGUUGGGUUAGAGUCUCUGGUCAGCGCAGACAAGGUUAUAAAUAAGUGACUGUAUGCAGAAUAAUGUAUAUACUAAGGUUGUUUGAUUUUAUACCGUACUGAGUUUUUUUUUUUUUUUUUAGAUUCCUGUUUAUAUACAAAUACCUGACACACUUUGUUUAUUGCAGUUUAAGACUAAUGAUUUAAACAUUUUGAUAUUUUACAAAUGUCUAAUAGUGGACCAGUGCCUCUAUAGGUAUUCUUGUGAAUGUGAACCUCUACCAGCUGUUUUACUUACUACAGUGACAGUGUGGAAGCCCUUUCUGCUUGCCGCAUUGUUUGCAACACCCAGCCACUAUUUUGAGUUUUGUUGUGUGUACCUGCAAUGCAUCACUACAAUCAUUUUACAUGCUCUAAUUCACACCAGCGUGCUAUCUUAUUCGCAUCACUGUGCAAGUAGGACGCACGUGCAGACUCUCCUAUUUAACAUGUCAUGCCUAUAUUCUGUGUACAAAAUGCUAUGUUGGUGUUUUCUUGGAAAAUUUACACUGUAACAUAGCAAUUUGUAUGCAGAUACAGGUGUGGUUGCACACAGAACAGAGGCAUGCCGCUUAUUUUAAUCAGCAGAGUGCUUGUGGGUCGUAGUUGCAUAGCAAUGCAAAUAAUAUUUUUCUGCAACAACGAAAGACACCAUACAUUGGCAGAGCUGUCAGCUCACUCACGCCAGGCAACUCACAGUGCAUGGCAUAUUGAGGCAAGAUGUACGAGGACACAUCUGUAUAUGCAAAGUCUGUGCUAAUGUAAUAGUACUACAGUCUCCCCCCAAUGCUAGUGUGUCGCUGAGGCUGAUAGCGAUGAUUGCAUACACAAGGCUAUUACUUCUUGAUAACUAGCUGUCUCUAUAGUGGUGCUUUAUAAAUUUGUAUAAUGUAUACUCAUACUACAUGCAGUAUAGAGCGCUUUGUUACUGUACUACAGUCCACCUAAACAAUAACUACCUCAGUGAGCAUGUACUGUGCAUGGUGUUCAGAAGGAAUCUGCAUUCCACAUGUGCCGAGUUCUGUAAGUCUAGACUUUUAGCUACCAUGAGAAGUCGCAUUAAUUGACUUAUUAAAACUGCCAUGACAGGUUCUUGUGCUCGAAUAAAGUUGUGUCCUCCACAGUCA